UUCUCUCUUAACUUACACACUCAAAGAGAAAUAAAAUGUUCUUCCUCCAAUCUUUCCACCAUCGCCAAACUCCAUCUUCUUAUCCUCCCUCUCAAUCAUCAAACUCUAUAGUACCUAACCGUUACCCUAACAGAAACGGUUACAUCAAGUUCAGAACAACCUACAAUGAAAAUCUCCAUUACCUAAAAGCACUAACCAUAAUAAACCCCAACACAAAACCAAACAACCUCCCUCACCCGGACACCAUCAACCACAUCCUCACCAUCAUCACAUUCCUCAAAUCCCACUCCUUCACCGAGGCCGACAUCCCCCGGCUAGUACACCAUUCUCCCCACCUCUUCACAACCUCCAUCUCCCCUACCUCCCUCUCCCCCGUCUUCACCUUCCUUGCAUCUGACCUCCUCGCCAGUGUGGAAGACUCCCACGGCCUCAUCCUCCGCUGUCCUAACCUCCUCUUCACCGACGUAAACCAUAUCCUCAAACCAACCCUCCACUUCCUCCGCGAGGAAGUUGGAGUUAGUAACCUAAACAGGCCAACUAACCGGAACGCGCAUCUUCUCAACACGCGUGUGGAGAAGAUGCGCAUGAGGGUGAGGUUUCUUGAGGAAGUGGUUGGGUUUACGUACGAGGAAGCGAGGAAUGUUUGUGCGAGGUUGCCAGCGAUAUUGGGGUACGAUGUGGAGAAUAACUUGUGGCCGAAGUUUGUGUAUUUGGUGAAAGAGAUGGAGAGGGAGGUGGAAGAGUUGAAGAAGUUUCCGCAGUUUUUUGGGUUUAGUUUGGAUAAGAGGAUUGUUCCAAGGCAUUUACAUUUGAAAGAAAGAGGUGUUAGGAUUCCUUUGAAUAGAAUGUUGAUGUGGGGUGAUGAAAAGUUCUAUGCAAAGUGGAAGUGAAGUGAACUAUCAUCAUCACUCAGAUUAUCUAGAAAAGAAGCAGCAACCUAGAAUUUUGUACAGUAAUAGAUAUAAUUACAUAACCUUGACAAUUAUGUAAGAUAUAGAUAGAUAUAUGAUUAGGCUUUGCAUUACUAACA